GAUUCCAGUCUUCACAUCUACUCUGAGAGUGUUCUUAUGCAAGUGUUCAGCAGAGAAAUACACGUGCGUGUUCUUGGCUCUUCGACAAAUGUUUCUGCGAAGUGUGUGUGUGUGGAAGUAAACAAAAUAUAUGUAUAAAUAGAACCCUCUGUCUGCGAGAAAAUCAUAAUGGUCGGGUAAUGUUUGUAAAUAAGUAAGAUCCCCAAAGAUGGCAGACGACAUCGCUGCUGCCUUAUACCAUGCUGUGGACAAGAAUGACGUAACAAAACUGCGUCAUUUAAUUCGAGAAGGUGCGGAUCCUGAUGAGAAUUAUAAUGACAGUCCUGCUUUGUCUUUUACGAUCCUCCACUUGUGUUGUGGAAAAGGACAUUUAGAAGCCGCCAAAGUGCUCGUGGGAGCUGGCGCCAAUGUUCGGUCACGUGACGUAUGGGCCAUGACACCUUUCGUCCAUAGCAUCAUCUCUCAAUAUAAAGACGUUGUCGAGUACUUGUUGACCGUUUGUCCUGAGUUGGUAAACCAAGCAGACAAAUUUGAUAAGUCGCCUCUUCAUUUUGCGAUAGAAUCGGACAAUGUUGAAAUUUUUGAAUUGCUCAUUAAAAGGGGAGCAGAUAUAAACAGGAGCACAAUGUAUGGCAUUACGCCGCUUAUGUUUGCUUGUAUAACGCCAAAACUUAAAAACAGAGAGGAUAUGGUUCGAAUCCUUUUAGAAGAAGAAGCCCUCGUGGAUUUAAAAGACGUUCUAGAUUACAGAACUGCACUUCAGUUUGCUGUAACAAAAAGACACACAGAUGUUGUGUCGAUAUUGCUGUCAGCUGGUGCGGAUUCUAACAGUUUAGAUAAGGGAGGAAGUACACCCCUAACAAAUCUUAUGACUUCCUCGAUCCGCGCCACGUGUCUGGAUCCACCUGUCAGUGAUGACGUCAUGACAAUUAUUGUUCUUCUGCAGCAAAAGGGAGCUGACUUAAACACAAAUAAAUGCGAGUACAGUAACCCACUCAUGGUCUCAACAUUACUGAAAUCAGCCACACUCGUAGAAUAUUUCUUGGGUUGUGGGGCAAAUCCAAAUGUCAAAUUUGUUUCUGGAAUAUCACCUCUGUUGGCUGCCGUGGGUAACAGAGAUCUAAACACAACAACCCUCUUGCUGCGACAUAAUGCAGACGUGAGUGCAAAAGCCAUGGUCUGUCGGAGAAGAUAUGAAGAACGCCUUUUUGAUCCGUUUGAGUUAGCUGUCGAUCUGUUACAGUGGGACAUUGUGGACAUAUUGAUUCAUUAUGGAUAUAGCCUCUCUAAGCACAGAUACUUACAAGACACCCUCUACUCGGACGAAGCGCCCGAAACCCUUAGAGACCACCCCUCUGUGUUGUCUAAACUGCAAACAUCGGCGAGUUCGCCAUUCUCUCUCCAGAAAAUUGUCGUUUUGAAAAUUAGACAUAAUUUGAAAUAUGACAUAUCUGAAAAGGUGAAAGAUCUUCCACUGCCCGCUUCUUUAAAAAUGGCAUUGUUAUUUUUGGAAAAUUUGUAAUAAAUGUCAAUGACAAUUUUCA